AUGGUGUCCAACAGCACAGCACCCUCCUCCUCAAGCUGUGCUUCCUUUGACCUUCAGACCGUAGACGUGGCUAUCUCGCUCCUUUACUUCCUCCUGUUUCCCGUUGCGGUUCUGCUCAAUGUUGUAGCGGUGUGGGUGUCUUUGCACCUCCGCUCCACCUCUACCUUCAUAGUGUAUCUCAAAAACCUGGUGGCCUCCGACCUGCUAAUGGUGCUGAUGCUCCCGCCGAUGGCAGCUGGCAGGCUGCCUGGAGCAGCGUUUGAGCUGAGGGUGUUCAACUGCCGCUACUCCUAUGUGAUUUUCUACUGCAGUCUGUACACAAGCAUCGCUUUAAUGGGUCUCAUCAGCCUUGACCGCUUCUUCAAAAUCGUUAGACCAGGUGGAAAGGUGUUGGGGCAAAACGUGGUCUUCAGUCUUGUCACGUCCGCCUUGGUUUGGGUGGUGUUAUUUGUCGCAACAGGUAUACCAACCAUCGCUCUCACAGGCCAGGACCCUGUCAACACAAGAGACGAUUUUUGCAUGUCCCUGAAAAGUCCAGCUGGUCUGACCCUCCACAAGUAUGUGGUUCUGUCUAUGGAGACUCUCUUCUGGCUUGUCAGCAUACUGAUCGUGUUCUGCUACAUCUGUAUCACCCUGAGAGUCCUGCAGUCCUUCAGAAACUCCGGGAGCAGCAACAGCCACGGAAAGACUAAAACCAAGCUACGAGUCUUCUUGAUCCUUCUUGUGUUUUUCUUAUGUUUCGUGCCUCUUCACGUAACUCGCAUCCCGUUCACGCUUCAUGAACUCUUUGACAAUGACGACUGCACCGAAACGUGGAUGGCAAAAGUCCAUACAUUUGUCUUGUGGGUCUCUACCACCAACGCCUGCCUGGACCCUCUCCUCUACAUCUACCUGUGUCGGGAGUACAAAGACAAACUGUUUGACAUGAUGAAAGCUCGAGGGAUCAGUGCGGCCUUAUUUUCAGUGACAUAA